UGUCAAAAUUUGAUGUUUUUUAUAAAACAUUAAAGAAGGGUGUUGGAUGUCGUUUACAUAUCGGGCAAAAUAUUAAAGUUUAAUCACGUGAAUUUCUAAAUAACAAUGGUGAAAUUCUAAAACGCGUUUAUCUUUAUCAAUUCAGAUUAUAAAAAGUGAUUACAACAGAGCGCGGCCAUGUUGACUGUGUUUAUUGAAAAUAAAAGUGUAGUGUCAUCAGUGAACUGAGAGAUUUGUUUAGGACUCUGCUUAGGAAUAGAGCAAAAUUAUAGUUCGUUUAUUUCUUGUUUUUGUUUUUUGAACGUGUGCUACAUCAAAAUAUACAUUCGUAUUACCAUUCUCACUUCUUAAAUAUUGUAGCAAUCUUGGAAUAUAUCAUCUAACAUCGAUACAAAACAUCUUCAAAUUGUGGUACUUUAGAUGCGUAGGGGGUCCAGCGACAUGCAGAUGAACGUAGCGGGUAUCCGUCGAAACAUCAAAAAUUUUGCUCACAAUUAUUCGGAUGCUCAGAAAAAGGUCCGAGAGGCUACUUCUAAUGAUCCGUGGGGACCCAGCAGCACCAUAAUGGCUGAAAUAGCUGAUCUUACAUACAAUGUCGUAGCUUUUAGUGAAAUAAUGCAAAUGGUAUGGAAAAGACUAAAUGAUCAUGGAAAGAACUGGAGACAUGUGUACAAAGCUUUGAUGUUAUUAGAAUAUCUUAUUAAAACAGGAUCCGAAAAAGUGGGCCAGCAAUGCAAGGAAAAUAUUUAUGCUAUACAAACUUUAAAAGAUUUCCAACAUUUAGAGGAAGGUAAAGAUCAAGGACAAAAUGUUAGAGAAAAAGCUAAACAACUUGUUAAUCUUCUAAAAGACAAUGAUAAACUAAAAAACGAACGGGCUAGAGCUUUAAAAGCAAAAGAAAGGUUUGCACAGAGUGCUAGUGGAUUUGGUAGCGAUGGAGGUCUUGAUACACCGACAAGCCCCAAAUAUCCAGCCUUUAGGGGAGAUUGGUCCAGUAAGGACUCAACUGAUAUGUCCAGAGAGAUAGAAAUUGCCAGGCCCCAAACUGCUGGCGAGGAAGAACUGCAACUUCAGCUUGCCCUGGCAAUGUCAAAGGAGGAGGCCGAACAAGAGGAACAAAAAAGAAAGUCUGAUGAUGUUAGGUUGCAAUUAGCUUUAAGUCAAAGCCAGCAAGAUUUUAAGAAAUCUCAGGAAAAAAUGCAAAGUCAUAUGGUUGAUUUAUUGGAUGUCAAUUUAGGAGGCGAUCCAACUCCUGUUGAUCCGUGGGGAAUGCCUCAACCACCACGACCUCAGCACUCAGCAUCCGCCUUAGAUCCGUGGCAACCCGCCUCCGCUAACUCCACCCCCAAAUUGGAUCCGUGGGGUUUGGCCGCUGCGUCCAGUUCCCCGCCCACUAAUCUGUCACCCGUCAACACGGGACCUGCCCACGUUGCUAAACACGACCCUUGGUCGCCGACCAGCCAAGGAUCGUCGACUGACUUAGACGAAUUUGACAUUAUAACGAAUAGGAAUCGGGCAACGUCUCCAAAAACAAACGGCAAUAUGACGACGAGCGACCCCUUCGAACUGAACCUUCUAGGGGAGUCGCUAUCCUCGGCGGGGCCCAGCCCUUCGACGGGUGCAACCAAAAAGACACCACAAAGUUUUCUCGGUGAAAACUCUGCCUUAGUCAAUUUAGACAAUUUAGUUACUACAAAUAAACAAAACAACCCGACGCUGGCCGCGAAUCCUUUCUCUGAUCCCACAGUGCCUCCAGUUCCUCGUCCAGUCUUCAACACGCAGCCGCCGAAGCCUUCAAUCAACGAAAUCAAGCAGCAAUCCUUCGCUCAAUUCAGCACAUCGUCGCAGAACACUUUGAGCGGUUUUGGACCUGCUCCGUCGUAUAGCUCGACAACAACAGAUCAAUUCCGAAAUAAUGGAACUUUAGGUAAUCAAGCUCAGGCUGUUAUUCAAGACCCCUGGACACCUAUAACGACUAGUAAUGCACCUAUUAAUGGAAAUGGUAACGUAGGUGCGCCGUGGAUGAAGGCUAAUGAACCAGCUAAUCCAUUCUUAUCUUAACGUCACUGAGUAAUAGCUACUUUGUGUAAUAUUAUUAAAAUGGCUAAAUACCCAGAAUUAGAGACGAUACGCGAAAUUAUGGAAGUCGAAUUAGCUUUUUCCUUCUCAUAUUUUUGUUAGAAAUUAUACACGUUUAAUAAUCAUAUACAAUGGUUUUUGGUAUACGAUUUAGACAGAUUUUUGUGACUAGUUUACAUUGGGCACAUAUUACUGUAACAAUAGUCAAAAAUUUGAAAUUAUUGGGUAUCAAAAAAUUGUUUGAUACAUUGCAAGACAUUAUUAUAAAGUGAAAAAAUGGUAAAUAGCAACUGGACACUGUGAUUUUAGUAUUUAUAGAAAUUUUAAAUUUAUAUAUUUUUUGUAAUUUUAAUCAUACAAUUUAUUGAAAAAAAAAAUUAUGCAGAAUUGCAUAUAUUAUACGUUGUAACUUGAAGGUUAAAAAGAGACAAGACAUUGUAUUUCACAAUUAAAAAUAAUAUUGUAAUUUAAAAAUCUAUUUUUUACUUUUAGUUUAACAAAUUAUAUCCUAUAGAAAAAAUAACUACAAUUUUUAUUUUAAGAAUAUUGUAUCAAAUUUAUUUUGAAACUUUAUCUUAUAACCUUGGUAAAUAUUAUAAUAUAGAUUUCUAAAUCUAUAUAUUUUUUAUUUUACACUUAUAUGUCUGCAUAUACAGCUAAUAAAUUUCUUACAGCACCGCAAUAAUGUUUGCUAAUGCCGUAUAUCUCUAAAAUAUCUAAAUUUAUUGGAUCUGCAAGUGAAAUGUGCCACAUAUAAACAUGUCCUAACGCGACUAAAGAAGAACCGGUUGCUCAUUGAUUUGUUUUAUUUCUUAUUUGAUCGUAUUUUCUAAAACAAAUUAAGAUAGAAUGGAGAAAUAAAGCCUUAACGAACUUGAACAAUUUCCCUGAAUUAUAUGAAAUCAUCCGUCACAGACUAGACUGAGGGUUAAAUUACCUAGAACAGAUUGAAUUCCUUUGUUGUUAUACAGGAUGAAAAUAAAAAAGUGCAAAGACAUUCAGGAGGGUAUUCCUUUUUUAGAAA